AUGGUUGACGGUGGUAUAGUUGCUGAAAAGGAGAUCGGACGAUUAGAAAGGCUAGAUCGAGUAGAGAAAAGGCUAGAUAGGUUGCUAGUUCGGUUUGGAUUGGAUGAAGAGGUCUGGAUUGGGUUUGUUGUGGUCGACGAUAGUGGGUCGUUGAAAGGGAAAUCGGAUUGCUUGGAGAGGUUGGAUUGGUUGGACCGGAUAGAGGAGAGGCUAGAUCAAUUAUCGGUUCGAUUUGGAUUAAUUAGAGUGCUCUUAGUUUGGUUUGGAUAUCUUGAAGGGUCGUCUGGUCGAUUUGGAUCGGCUCGAGGAGAAGGCUAG